AUGACUGCAACCCUUGAACGCCAGCGUGAUUAUGUGUUCACCCCACCCAGUGUGGAGGAAUGUCUGCGUCAAGCGGCCGGCCAAACAUUGACAACGUGGGUCAUUGGCCAUGAGCCUAAGACUCCUGAGGAGGUGGUGAGCUGCCAGGCACUUCGUGAGAGGUACCUGGAGCCGCACCUAACGACUCAAAGUCAAUACAAGGCACGCCUUGACAUGCAAGCACGUGGUGCACCAGUUCCACCGAUGAAGGGUAUACGCAUUCUCCUACUCGCAGGCGAAACAGUGAGCGAAGAAGACGAUGCCUUUGUUCACUGGGUGCACUAUGUGCGUCGCCUCAGCAACAUUUUUGCUCUAAGGGCUAGUGCCCAUGCGGAGGAUGUGCGUCUCGAACGCAAGCUUCGGUAUGAUUAUGCCAAGCUUAAUGCCAGAGGCCAAUUGCGCAAGCGCACGCGCUAUGCUUCGGCUACUAAGGUAGCCGCGAGUGCUGGUCAGUCUGUGGCCAACUACCCGCUAACCCGCACCACUAGUGGUGGAGAACGGCCUCGGAUUCGAGAUGACCAAGGCCACGAUGGUUAA